UCCCAAAAAAUGAGGUUGUGGGUUAUUUAAACGCUACCGUCCGGCACAGCUGCACCGUCAACGGUCUCUGGUUUAUUCCCCGGAUACGUUACGAUUCUCUCCAAGAAACUAAAAUUUAUUGCUUCGAGGUCACCUCCUCCUCCAUUCUCCGCCGCCACCACCACCGCAUAUCAAAGAUUCACAUUCCCCCCAUCUCAGCUCUCUAUAAAACCCCCCAAAUCCACACACAUACACACGCGAUAACCCUUAGCCACAUUCUCACCACCCGCGCUGUCCACACAAUCUCAUUUUCGGUUCCUCGUAUACCAUCUUCUUUCGUCUUCACAAUUUCAAAAAACCCUAAUUAUUUUGGUUGAUCUACAAUCCGACGACGAUACCCACCUUACCUUUUUAACUGUUUCAGAAAAUUCAGUUCAAUUUUCGCCAUUAGUUGUGUGUAUUUAUAUCAACAAGAUGGCUCUUGCGUAUGACCCACAUUUUAUCGGGACUGGAAACGUCGACACCGCCGCCGGUGCCUUAAUGACGUCUCCAUCUCCCUCUCCGGUGAGUUUGAGUCAAGACGAAUUGAAGAAAAUCGCCGGGUUUAAGGCUGUUGAGUUCGUAGAAUCCGGUAUGGUUGUCGGACUUGGAACCGGGUCCACAGCCAAACAUGCAGUCGACCGUAUCGGCGAACUUCUCCGGCAAGGUAUACUGACGGGCAUCGUCGGAAUCCCCACCUCGAAAAAAACCCACGAACAAGCUUUAUCUCUAAACAUCCCUUUAUCGGAUCUCGAGACACACCCUGUUAUCGAUUUAGCCAUUGAUGGAGCAGAUGAAGUCGACCCGGACAUGAAUUUGGUUAAAGGUCGUGGUGGAUCUUUGUUACGUGAAAAAAUGAUCGAAUGCGUUUCAAAGAAAUUCGUGGUGAUUGUCGAUGAAUCAAAGCUUGUUGAUUACAUCGGUGGCAGUGGUUUAGCUAUGCCUGUUGAAAUUGUUCCGUUUUGCUGGAAAUUUACAGCGCAGAUGCUUCAAUCGUUGUUUAAAGAUGCUGAUUGUGUGGCAAAGCUUCGAACUUUACCGGAAUCCAAAGACCCAUAUGUAACUGAUAAUAACAAUUACAUCAUCGAUUUGUAUUUCAAGAAAAGUAUAGGGGAUUUGAAGGCUGCCGGCGAUGCAAUUUUGAGGAUUCCCGGAGUGGUGGAGCAUGGAAUGUUUCUUGAUAUGGCUACCACUUUGAUAGUCGCCGGAGAACAUGGUGUCACCGUGAAGAAGAACAAAGUUUAGGGAGAUAGACAUGAUUGAACUAAAAUGAUUUUGAGCUUUUUUUUUUUUAAUUUUUUUUAUUUUAUUACAUUUCGAUAGUUUCUAGGUUUCUAGAUAAGAAUGCAGGUAUGAAGGAAGGGUUCAUGUUUUCUCGAUUAGAUAUGUUGUUACAUGGGACAGUUUUGAGUUGUUCUGCACUUGUUAAUUUUACAUGCUAAUGGGAAUGAUUUGGCUCAACAUUUUGGUAUUAA